CUAUUUAAAACUUGGCAACUCCUGAUCCUUUCGGCACAUAUACAAAACUCCUUGGAAAUUAAAUACAAAUUUAUUUUGGAGGAUGAGCGCAUUUUAAGUAAAUGCAAGGACAAACCACCGGAAACACUCGAUGCUAAUGGUUUAUUUAACUUUACGGAUGCUGCCUUCGACAUGAGUGAAACUGGAGUGACAUUUUCGGGAAACAUUACGGUUAUGUGGGAUAUCCAGCCAACUGACCGAGUUGAGGUUACUGUAAACGUUUUGUACUACGAUCGAGGUAGUUGGCAAGCAACCACGCUUAACAUGAUUGUUAAAGACUUUUGCAAAGUCAUGUUUGACAAAAAUCAGUUGUGGUACGAAAGUUUCACUAAGCAUAUAACAAACAGUGCAGAUGUGAAGGAAACCUGCUUCAGAGUGAAAGGGUCACAAAUUAUAUUUGAAACCUAUACAGUGGAUUUUGUAUUUAGUUGUGGAUUUCCUUUAAAGAACGGUCGCUAUGCGAUUAUUUUUAUGUAUAAAGCAUACGAUGAAAAUGAGGUGAAACGUCCAAUCGAAGGCUGUUAUGAAAUCAAAGGGGAGUUUAUUAAAAUUAAUAACUGAAUUAUAAAUAUA